AAUUUGGGCUAUGUCUGAUGGUGAAAAGCAAAGCAAAAAUGUGGUGUCUCAGGAAAGUAGGAACUCGCAGCCACUUCUCCCUUUCUUCUGCGCUCCAUCAGUCUCAGCCACGCUCCUUCUCUUAUGUUGCAGACGGGGAGAGGUUUGACAGUUGCAUCCACCCCACUGCCGUUGUUCAUCCCAAUGCCGUCAUUGGCCAGGGUGUUUCGAUUGGUCCUUUUUGUUCUGUUAGCUCCUCUGCAAAGCUGGGGAAUGGUUGUCAACUACAUCCUGGAAGCCAUGUUUUUGGAAGUACAGAGUUAGGGGACAAUUGCAUGUUGAUGACUGGUGCUGUUGUUGGUGAUGAUUAUCCUGGAUGUACUGUCAUUGGAAGCAAUAACACGAUAGGAUAUCAUGCUGUGAUUGGUGUCAAAUGUCAAGACAUGAAAUACAAGCCAGAGGAUGAAUGUUACCUGGAAGUUGGACACAAUAAUGAUAUUAGGGAACAUACUUCAAUCCACCGAUCUUCAAAAUCAACCGAUAGGACGGUUAUUGGUAAUGCCAAUUUUAUAAUGGGAUCUUGUCAUAUUGCCCAUGAUUGCAAGAUUGGUAACAACAAUAUUUUUGCGAACAAUACUCUCCUAGCUGGGCAUGUCGAAGUGGAAGACUACGUUCACACUGCAGGUGCGACUGUUGUUCAUCAAUUCUGUCAUCUUGGCUCUUUCUCUUUUCUUGGUGGUGGUUCUGUGGUUUCACAAGAUGUCCCAAAGUACAUGAUGGUAGCCGGAGAAAGAGCUGAGCUUCGUGGUCUAAAUGUAGUGGGCCUUACUCGAUGUGGAUUCAGCAUUGCAGAGAUCAAGAGCAUGAGAACUGCUUAUCGAAAGAUAUUCAUGUGUGUUGAUGCAAAUGCUGGGUCUUUAGAAGAAAGGCUUGCAGAAGUGGUAUUGUUUGUGUUCGUCUAUUUCUUUGAGGAGCAGCAUGAGGAAUUGGUUCAUGUUCCUGCUGUGCGUGCUAUGUUGCAGUCUAUUCGCAACUCAUUUGCUGAAAAUCGUCGUGGAAUAUGCAGGUUUAGACAAUGGAAUGCCUCUUGAAGCAUGCUGAGGUUAUGAGAUGUCAUGCAGUUCUUUUCUCUCCAUCAUGAAGCCUAUGGGAGACCAUUUAAAGUGUAGUUGGUUUACGAUGGAGCAGUUCUUUUCCUUGUUAUAAUCUGUGUAAGAAGAGUUUGUUGUAUUAUUAAGCGAUCGUAGGAAGCGAGAAAUGGUCGUGAAUCUCAAAUUUUGUAUAGGUACAGAUUUGUAUGCUGAACUCAGGAGUCAGGAAUCUCUACCCUCUACUCAUUCUCCACAUAAUAGACUAAUCUUGCGUAAAUUGUCACUUUUCUCUCCA